AUGGUUCUAAUCUAUGUCGAUGACAUUAUUAUAACAGAAAACAAAGCUGCUACACUCAAAAGUUUCAUUGACAAACUGAAUAAUCUCUUUGCUCUCAAAGACCUAGGACCGAUUCACUUCUUUCUUGGAAUUGAAGUACAUAGAGAUGAUACAGGUCUGUACUUGAAUCAAGGGAAAUAUGUCAAAGAACUUCUCACAAGAAUUGGGAUGAUGCAUCUCAAGCCAUGUAAUACACCCAUGACAGUGGGUAAGCCGUUGUCUAAAGCUGAUGGAGAACCACUUGCAAAUCCAUCAGAAUACAGAAGCAUCAUAGGGGGGCUGCAAUAUUUAACACACACACGACCAGACCUGUCCUUUGCCGUAAACAAACUGAGUCAGUUCCUUCAAUCUCCCACUACAGUCCACUGGAGUGCAGCCAAGAGAGUACUUCGAUACUUAAAAGGCACAGCCUAUCAUGGUCCUCACAUUAAACAUUCCGAUCGGCUAUCCAUCACAGGUUACUCUGAUGCAGACUGGGCUUGUAGUCCAGAUGAUAGAAGGAGCCUUGCUGGAUACUGUGUGUACCUUGGAGAAACACUUGUGUCUUGGUCUUCCAAAAAGCAAUCAGUGAUAUCUCGUUCGAGUACGGAAUCUGAGUACAGGGCUCUUGCUUAA